AUGCCUUCCCACCUUAGGCUCCAGUCUCACAUCGAGCCCGUCGCAGCAAGGGUUACUUAUCAGACCUCACCGAUUUUCCCACCAGCAGUGAAGCAGAAGAUGUCUCUACAGCAAACCUACAACGUCGCCUCGAUAGCCAGGUCAAAGCUAGACCGUGAGGCCAACCGUAAAGACCACGACCUGAGGUUGCUGGUCGGCCACGCCGAUCUUCUCGAAGCCCUAAUGCUCGAUCUCCCAGUCGCCGAGGGCCAGCAGGAUGCUUCGUUUACGCAAUCUGUCGAGGAAAUACCCAAGACCGAGCGACCGAAUUAUAUGCAUUUGGAAGAAACCAUCCCAAAGCAAGAAGAGGAGGAAUGCGACGACGAGAGCGACGCUGGCUCUGCUUACGACGAAGAUGCAGACGUCAUCUACAAGAUUCCGGCCCGCACGCUCGCAUCUCCGGUAUUCGAAGCUAAGUCCUCCGUUGUCGAGCUCGACGAGAGCUCUGACAAGGAUGAGGAGAAUGAUGAGCAACACGCUCUCAUGCGUGUACCGAGCUGGAGGCGUUCGCCGCCAGAGCUCAUGGACGACGGUUCGGAUAGUGAGAGCGACAACGAGUCAAUGCCAUCCUCACCUGAAAGGCAGUCAUUCGAGCUGUAUGAGAAGCAGCUGCAAGCGAUGACGAAUAUUUUGCGACAGCACAUGGUUAUGGCCAAUGAAUAUGAGCACCGAGCAUCAGAUGCGCCCCAUCCGACAGCCAUUGUUUUCAGCUCCAAUGCUUCUUCUCUUCUCAUGGUCAAGAGUAACAUUGGGCGUUAA